UCAUCACUCUCAAUGCAGGAUUACUUUUUUUUUUGCUUUUUUUUCACGCUGAGAAUUUUCUGCAUCAAAAAGAAUUGUACCUAUGAUUUAUCUUCAUUCCCGGUUACUUUACCACACACUAUGAUUUCCUCCAGUACCUGGGUCCCAAGAGGGUUUGCUUCCGAGUUUCCUGAAAAAUAUGAAAUGAACGACGAAGAGAUCGAGAGAAUCUCGGAGUUGGCGAAGUUACAAUUGGAAGACGCCAGAACCGACUUGCAGGAGGCACAAGAAGGCGAGCAAAAGGAGUUCAAGGACCAGAUUGAGAUUGAUGACGACUUGAAGGAGUAUAACUUGGAGCACUACGACGAUGAUGUAGACUCCGAGGGUGAGCAGGUGACUAUGUUCCCCGGCCUUUCCAACACAGAUGCCAAGUUUCACCAGGACGAGGCCGACGGCAACGACCCAUUCAUCUCCUUGCCUAACGAGCAGGACAUGAACGAGGAAAAAUCCGAGUUGCAAGUCUACCCUACCGACAAUAUGGUGUUGGCCACCAGAACCGAAGAUGACAUUUCCUACUUGGACGUCUACGUGUAUGAUGAUGGUGCCGGUGCCCCAGAGGGCUCCAACGAAGAAGAGGAGGACAAGUUCGAUGCUGACGUGGCCAAGGGGUUGGUGCGCGAGAGCAACUUGUAUGUGCACCACGAUUUGAUGUUGCCAGCGUUCCCGCUCUGCGUGGAAUGGGUCAACUUCAAGCCAAUGGGCGAUAACUCCGCCACUAACGUCGGCAACUUCGCGGCGAUCGGCACUUUCGAUCCCCAAAUCGAGAUCUGGAACUUGGAUUGCAUCGAAAAGGCGUUCCCAGACGUUAUUUUGGGAGAGCCAGAGGCUAACAGCAUGGCUGGCCUCAAGAAAAAGAAGAAGAAGUCUAAGAAGGCCCAGGAACACAUCACCACCCACCACACCGACGCCAUCUUGUCCUUGGCCCAUAACAAGAUCCACAGAUCCAUCUUGGCCUCCACCUCCGCUGAUGCCACAGUCAAGCUCUGGGACUUGACCACCGCCACCGCGGCCAGAUCCAUGAAUCAGAUUCACCAGGGCAAGCAUGUGUCGUCCUCCCAGUGGCACGCCAGCGAAGCCUCCAUUUUGUUGACCGGUGGUUACGACGGCUGUGUCGCGUUGUCCGAUGUCAGAAUCUCUUCCGACGCCGAGAUGACCAAGAGAUGGAGCGUUCAUGCCGGUGAGGAGGUUGAGAGCAUCAAAUGGGGCACUGAUUCCUCCACCUUCUAUGCCGGUACCGAUGCCGGUAAUGUCUACUGUUACGACGCUAGGAAAGCUGACAAGCCGGUCUGGACCCUCCAGGCGCACGACGCCGGAAUUUCUGCCUUGGAAGUCAAUCCAUUCGUGCCGGGCUUAGUCGUCACCUCCGCCAUGGGCGAGAAAGCUAUUAAGUUGUGGAGAGUGCCUACCGCCGCCAACGAGGGUGCCAUCAGGCCAUCGAUGGUGCUCGCGCGUGACUUCGGUGUCGGUAACGUCUUGACCACUUCCUUUGCUCCAGAUAUCGAGGUCGCUGGUAACAUCACCAUCGGUGGUGUUACUGGACAGUUGAAGAUGUGGGACAUGUUUUCCAACAGGGCUGUCAGAGGUGCCUUUAGCGCCCAGUUGAGAGACUUGCAAAAGCGUGCCAGAGACGAGGCUAAGGCCAGUGGCAGAGCCUCCAGAUUGGCCAGAAAGUACACCGACUCCUACCAGGAAACUGUCAUGACCGUCGAAGACGGUGGAGAUGAUGAGAGUGAGGACGAAGGUGAGUGGGACGACGAGGACGAGGAAUAAGCCUCUAAUAUGCAUUUCAUUUCAGUGCCUUGUACAUUAUAAUUAAUAAUCUUUCUUUGCGUGUGCGAUAG